UCCUUCCACAUCCACACGAAAACGCGCGUCCCACGGUGGUGGCACACACCGUGGUGUGUGGUGGCCUCUCGGCGCCGGCUCCGCUGCUGCUGCUGCCGCGCCAUGCGUGGCUGAUCAGAUCGAAUAUAAGUGCGCGCGUGUGGUUCGUGUGUGUGUACAUGUGCCAUCAUCACCACCGUCCGCAGCAGUAACGGAAAAGAAGAGGGCUCGACCCGCAGUGGCCGGAAUCACCGAAAAAUGGACGCGACGCCGCAGCGAGUUAUUUCCGGUUUGCUUUUGUUCGCCCUCGCCACAUUACACCUCGGUUACGCCAGAAAUGAACCCAAUUAUUAUGGUAAAUUAAUCGGAACCCUACAAGAAUACGCACACGGCAUCAAAGGGAAAGUAUAUGCCGUUGACGACGCAACGAUAUUCAUAAAAGGAUUUUCCUACGACGGCACCGGCCCAGAUGCCUACUUCUGGGUUGGGAACACCAGCCAGCCCAAUCCCGAAGGUUACAUUGUACCCUAUCCCGAGACUGAUAAGGGCAGUGACCCACGAGUACUGGAGGCGUACAACUACACAGACAUCAUCCUCAGGCUACCCGGGGGAAAACGCAUACGAGACAUUAAAUGGUUGAGCGUUUGGUGCAGAAGGUUCACGGUCGAUUUCGGCGACGUUUUCAUACCGUCUGACUUGAAGGUACCGAAAUUGCAAGUACUUCCUGAAUUUUCGAGACUUGCACACGGCCUCCGCAGCGGCAACAUCAGUAUUCUAGACAGCAAGACGAUCUACAUUCCAAAUUUGCAUUACGACGGUGGCGGGCCGGACGCUUAUUUCUGGGUGGGCAAUGGCUCAGAACCCAGUCGUUUUGGUAUCAAGGUCCCCAAUGAAAUGGGCAGUUUGGCACCAUUAAGAGGAUACCAAGGAGAGGACAUUGAGAUCGUCUUGCCGGGGAACUUGACGGUGUACGACAUCAACUGGCUCGCGGUGUGGUGCGUUGAAUACAGACACAAUUUCGGGCACGUUCUAAUUCCAAAGGACCUCGACGUUCCUCCGGCUCUCGGCCAGACGAAAAUUACGCCGCCGUGGUGGUACAAUCCAACGAGCAGCACACCGACGCCUAAGGUGAACAACUGCAAAGAGAUGUUAAAUGGCCGUAUUCAAGUGCAGUGGCAGCUGAAGGGCGAGGACGUGCAGAUUCGGGUCUCGGGACGCAUCAACGAAAACCAGUACGUGGCGUUUGGAUUGUCGGGUGAAGAAGGCAAGGCCGAGAUGAUCGGCGGCGACGUCGCCGUGAUCGGAUACAAUAAACGAAACGGAAAGUUUAUUGCCGAAGAUUACUACAUGUCAGACACGUCUCAGUGCGAUGGUAUGAGGGGUGUGUGCCCGGAUGAGAGGAUCGGCGGAAGGAACGACGUGGUGCUCUUGCGUGGGGAAAGGAAGAAUGGCGUGACAACAGUUACGUACACACGUCCGAUGAGAACCAACGAGCCAGAGAAGGACAGGAUGAUUCCGGAAAGGGAGACUAGCGUGAUCGCUGCCAUCGGACUUUUGAAUUCGCAGGGCGAAGCCAAUGCUCAUGAGAGAUUCGAUAAGACUACCGAGGAUAUUCGUAUCGACUUUACGUCGAAGAAUGUUCACGACUGUACAAAUUCCUUGUACAAUAUUCCGGAUGAACCUGAUCUUGAACCCUGGAAGCCGGCCGUUAUCGACGAUAAGAGUAUUUUCAAUGCAAGAAUUGGGCCGACUGGUUCGAAAAGAGGAUACACACGGAUCACAGGUACACCCUCUUGGGGCAUCGCAUGGUAUGUCAAUGAUUUGCUGAUUCCGGAGAUCAUCGUGGAGCGAGGAGAAACUUAUACCUUUAUUGUGGAAGGUGGAAACGAUCCUGCCAAUCCUGCUAAAUAUCAUCCAUUCUACAUAACUGACAAUCCGGAGGGUGGUCUCGGACAACACCCAGAGAGAAAAGGGCAAGAAAGAAUAUUUGCUGGCGUAUCGUAUGAGCCUGACGGAUAUCUUUUCCCGAUUGCAACCGGUCGUUAUUGCGAAUGGGUCCGCACCACGGUGGAUAACCCGGAUAAUUACAAGACGUUUAAGAGCUUCUUCGAAACGCUCGAACUCAAAUGCGACAAGGGCGAGCCUGCUAAACUUAUAUGGACUGUAGAGAAAGACACGCCAGACUUAGUUUACUAUCAGUGUUUUACGCACAAACAUCUGGGCUGGAAGAUUCAUGUCGUCGACCCGGGGCGGAGGCAGAGAAACAUUAACGGUGUCAGUCAAGUUUUGCCUGCGUUUACAACGUUCGUGGUGUCCGUCAUCGCACUUGUUUUAUUCUCAAGAUGAAUCAUUGCGUUUCCUUUUUUCAACGCGGAACAAAUAACAGAAGACAAAGAUGACGACGAAAACUGAUCGAUUUAAGAUGAUUGCGAGAGCCACAACAAUGUACACACGAUUGUUAAAUCGACGAAACGCAUACAAGGUUGUAAGAAAGUAUUUAGUACGUAAGAUCUACUUGUAAGGUAAAAGAUUAGCAAAAUAUUUUUAAGACUUAUCAGAUUCAAUAUUUCAUACUAUAUAUAUAUAUACACAUACAAGUACAUGCAUACACAUAUACAUGUAUGAACAUGGACGCAAAAUUUCCAUGCUCUUUGACACAAAGUCGAGCUGACAAUAAUGAUUAGAAGUGAGUAACUAAUGGAAUUCUGACAAUAAUCAUGAUCAGGACUGAAUAACCAAUGAAAUUCUGACAAUAAUUAUCAGAACUGAAUAAUUAAUGAAAUUUGGACAAUAACGAACGAUCGUUCAUUAUUAAGGGGAGGAUAUGUCAAAACGAUAUCCAGGGACGAGCUAACUAGCACGUAACUAUAGAUAUAAAUUUGAUGCGGAGAAAUGGAGGUGCAUCAUCAUGUACAAUGUAAAUUUUGCACAAAACUAUAGUUGAUCUUAAUAUAACUUUAAAUCGACGAUAAUACGUAAGAAAUACAUUUAUAAAUGCUGUCGACUUGACAAUAAUACGUAGAGUAGUCAAUCGAAAGAAAGAAAGAGAGAAAGAGAGAGA